GGGCCUCUGUUAACCUGCGCACCCAUGAAUUACCUUGGUACCUCAGGGAAUUGCACUCGUGAUUGUGAUGCACAUUCCCACGUACAACAGUCCAGUAGCCGUCGAUAAUCUUACAAUACAUGACGGCCGGACAUUGAGUGUUCAUGGAAGUCCUUCAUGACAAAAAAUGUUAAUAACAUCAAUAAAAUUACCUCCUCCGUCUGAUCCGCUGUGACGAACCGCUAGAUGUUAUACGGCCAUGUCUCCAGCACACAAAUUUAGUGUAUGAGUUUUCAUUUCUGCACAAAUGCGAAUCUCGAACUACAUAAUGACAGUAAGUUGAUCUUUCAUAAUUUGUGAUAGCGGACUUCAACGCUUCAACCGAUGGGAACUCAACGAGAAACAAGGUUGUCAAAAAGACCUCCUCCAUUUCUGUUACGUGAGAAACAACAGCGCUUGUACUAAGCACGUUACUCUCCUCCAUAAUUAUGAUUAAAAUGUACUUCGUCGACAAGUACUGAUGUUUUAUAACAAUCCGACAAAACAUAACUAACAAAUUAAAACGAACUUUAAAACUAGCCAUUUCAUUGGACGAAACGGGAUGAAAAAUAUUGCAAUUUUGGGUUGAAAAAACAUUUUUUAAAAAGGUGGGUGGGGUUUUUUUAAAAAACUUGACGUGGGGCUAAUGAAUAUCUGAAUUCUGAAUUCGGAUCAGUGCAAAAAUGUACAUGAAUAAAUAGGUGAAUAUCCUGACCACAACGUACGAUUAUUUGGAAAAAUACAAUUAUGCCCGAAACUGGGAAUUAGGGUAGAAAAUAAGAUGCAAAAUAUUAUGUUUAAAUUGCAAUAUUUUCGGAACAAAAAAGGGUAUGGCAGUAAACGUUACAUAGAACGAAAGCUCAUGUUAUGUAGAAUAAAAUAGGGACAAAAAUAAAUAUGUGUUUUACAAGGUUUGAAUGAAAUGAAAUAACGUCCCAAGAAAAUAGCUUUCGUAGUUGUCUGGGCUUCCUAUUUCCCCAUUCACAACAAUCUAAAAACUACAACACUUUCGUCUCACACUAUUCCUCCCAAGCAGGUUGGUUAAAUAGAUAAAAUCAAUAAAAAUUAAUAGCAUUGCAUUCGUGCAGAUGUCUUGGAGCGUUAAUGGUCACGUUUAUGCUUUACUGUUACAGUGAGCAAAAUCUUCAAAAUAUUUCUCGAUGUGACAUCGCGUUCACUUUACACACCAGAUCCAAUCUGGGCAUGAUUGUUUCAGAAUUUCGGUCGCGUCAAGUAUUUAUACAAUACAACGUUUUAAGUUUAUAGUCGUUAUAAAGCAGGUUUGUUGAGUACCUGGUGUAAACUAUGACCUAGAGAAUACGCGUACGUCAAGUUUGUUCAGACUUCAAAAGUUCCAUAUCUGUGCUCUCAGAGCAGGAUUCUGAAAAACGAGUAACAGAGGAGUUGCAGGUUGUCUGCCACAAGCACGUUUCCCAAAAUAUCCCAGUCACCUUUCAAAGAGAGGCUCGCAACCUGAACACAGUUUUCAAGUCUAGUUCUCACUAAGGUUGUGUAAACUAUGGUGAACAUAAUGAUAUCUAACUUAGUGAAUGUCCGUCUUAAUACCAAGUAAUAUCGAUAAAACAUCCGAAAGCCUGGUUUCGGGCAUCUUUCAGAUCACUCAAAUUUCAUCUGAAUAUGUCUGCAGAGGUAUUGGUUAUCAUGUGAUCAAGAAGAAAAUUUCAGUUGAUAUGAACGCCAUCAUUAGUUUGACACGUACCUAGAUUAACUGGCGUUUACUUUGCGUUUACAUUACGCGCGAUUUACGACCGCGAAGUUUAGACCUAACGUGAUGUGCAUUUCUCCAACUUUUGCUGUGCCCUAACGCAAAAAACGUACAGUUUUUCAUCUAUAGAAUCUGAUAUGAGUUUAAUGCCCUGAGAGUUACUUUCGUUUUUUGAGUUUUGUCCGAGUUCGUGGUUAAUGGUCGUUUCGCCUCAGUUUACUAUUCAGUUUUUACAGUCUUCCACAUUCAGGCUAGUUCCGAUAUAGCCUAACUUUCAUGCUACCCGCUUUUACACGCUUAAUCCGUUUUGAGUGUGUUGCUUUUUAGUUUUGCGGUCGUAAACUUAUGCUAGGAUCUGUCUAUCAAUUCACAUUGCACCAUGGCCAUGAAGAACACAUGUAAGCGACCUGAAUGCCAUUUCGUUGUCACCAUGGAGUCCAAUGUGACAAGUACAGAGGUAGUUUUCAAGAAACAUGCACAAAUCUUGCAGCCAUUGUUAACGAUAGCCAUAGUAGGUCAGAUCAAAAUGGGCAUGCGGCAUAGGCAAUGUGAAUCCUGUGGAUCUCCUGAGUAACAUCAUUAUUCUUUUGUCAGGUCUGGGGAAAAUGUUGUUAGGAAACGUGAAAAAAGGUAGUUCUGACACAGACAAACAAAAGCGUGCAGUGAGCCAAUGAAGAGGGUCUUCGGCAAAUUGGUAUCGAUGGAAAAUUAGCAUCACCAUGUCAUCGACGGUGUUGGACUCAUUCAGAAAACUUUUGUCCCCCAGCAUUGGCUCCCUUAAUACAACUGCUAUCCCUAAAAUUUAUGUAGGCGACCAGACCCCGUCAACAGGGUUAAAGAUGAUCGAGUAUUACCGGCGAAUGUCCUGAACAGCUUAGGUUUUAAAGAACAAUUAGCUAGUGAAUCGGCCGUGCAAUCCGCCACUAAGGUUACCCAAACAGUCAACAAAGAACAUGGAAAUCCGAGACGAGAUCCAUCUUUCAAACGAAAAGGACGACAAAUUCAACGUACCCAAAAAUCUGGGGGAACGAUCAUAUUUCUAGACGAUUCUCAUAAUCAUGAGCCUCAAAAUCAGCUCUAACGUUCCUGUCAGUCUGCAGGAAAAAAAUUUACAGAAUGCUAUGGAAUGAUUUGAACAGGAAUCUCAAACUUGCGGAAAUCGAGCCACUGACGGUGACAUGCCUUUCUCGAGAGGAAGGAUUUCAGGCACCAAGAUCACCAAAGACUCCUUCGUGUAACGUUUUCCAUCACUACCAACAUAAGGAUAUUUUGCUGGCCGGUCACUUGCUGAAAUCAGAAGGAGAUGAGAGAAUAUAUAUUGACAUAACAUGUGGUGCGAUCAAUCAAAAAGGAGAGGGAUUCUAGACCUCGACUAACGAAAAUCACCUCCCCUUCCUCCCAAAUGACAGCUGCCGCCCUCAAAGAACUUCGCGCCAACAGAUUGUUGCUGAGCAUAAAUUGUUGAGAGUGACACUCAGUAUUUGGCACCGCGAGAAGUUGCAAGAUAGUGAACUCGAGAACAUGGUCACAUAUCCAUCACCUGACAACUGCCUCAAAAGGUAUUACUGUUUUCUCUCAAAUCGACCUGGUUUAGGCAUAUAAGUCGAAACCCUACUUCUGCAGACAACAGCAGUAGAACGGCGAUAAUCAAUUCCUUCAGAAUCUACGAAUCUUCAAUUUAGGAAAUGCUGCUCAAAAUUUUAAGAGAUUACUCGGUAGUGCAUGAAGGGUCUCACAUUUCUGCACGUGACUGCGUGCUCAGUUCAUCUUCAGCAUCUAAACCUUGUUUUAUAAUAACUGCAAAAACAUGGUAUUAAUGUAAAUACCAAUAAAUGAAUGAUAGGAACCGAAAUCAUAAACUUUCUAGGGCAUAUUACUGACGCCCAAUGUAUUCAAUCACUUCGAAAUAAACCAAAGGCCACUCUAAUUUUCUCACACACAACCAUAGACAAGUACUUACGCACACUCAACGGUCUGGUAAGUUUCUAUAGACGGUUCACUUCGAAUUGCACGUCCCCAAUAAGACACUCAACGGAUCAACCUUACGAAAAUACGAAAAUCGUCGAUUUGAACGACAAUGCAACGAAAGCAAUCUACACAGUUUAAGAAGAUCAUAGUAUAGUCAACUAAGCUUGGACACUUUGAUACGAAAACACCCAUUAAUAGAGGUAUUCAACUCGGUAAUCUAAUUAAUUUAACAACAUUGGGUAAACCACAUGUGGAAACCCUUGACAUUCUUCUCGAGAUGGUUGCAAGAUACUGAAUUGAGGUACAACAAUUUUAGCAAGGAACUCUUAGUCACGUAUUGUGCUGUAUGGCACUUUCAACACCAUAGAAGGCCGAGAAUUCACUCCGUUUACCAACCACAAACCUCUAAUAUUCUCUUUCAGCUCAUCUUCAGAUAAGAACUCUCCCUUAGAGUUUCAACAACUAGACUACAUUUCGUAGUUCACUUCAGGUAUACAGCACAUUUGUGGAGCAGACAAUGUAAUGGCAGACGCCUUCUCUGGUCUAACUUCCUUGAACGGUUUCCAAGGAAUUGGCUCUCUCAAACUCGCCAGGCUUCAAAAAGAAGACACUGAUAUUCAACACGAGUUAUCUUCGACAACCCUGAAACUGCAUGUCAAACAGAUGUGGACAGGUAAGAAGACUUCAUUGUGUGACACAUCUACAUGUAGGACCGUCCAAUUUUGCUGAAACAUUAUCAGUGCAACAUCUUCAAUACGUUCCACAAGCCUUCUCAUCAUAGUGUUCGUGAAACCACUAAGCCCAUGACAGGACAAUUUUUUGGUCUGUUGUGAGCAAAAACGUCUGAAAGUGGGCACGCUUCUGUGUAGGCUGUCGGAAAUCUAAAGCCAUUAGACAUGACAAUUGUCCGUUUGGUUCUUUCAUAACACUCGGCGCUCGUUUCGACCGUGUUCGUAUGGAUUUGGCAGGAUCCUCACUAGAUAUAAAUGGAUAGUCUUGCCACUUUACAUAUGUAGACCGUUUCACACGAUGGCCGGAAGCAGCACCCACAAAAGGCACCGCUGUUGUAACGGCGGCACGCAACUUCGUUGAGUGAUGGAUGGCAAGCUUUGACUUCCCUCCAACUAUUCCUUAAUUUCAUUCACAAUAAGACGUCUCCCAGGAAGCACGAAGAGGCCUACAGAGUCUCUGAAAAGGCUAAAUAUAUUCCAGCUGACCAGAACGCGACAGAACGUUCUAGAAUAUCAACCAGACCUGUUGUUAUUGAACAAUAAUAUAAAUUCAUAUUCGUGCAAGUAGAUAUCCCUCGUUUUAUGUGUUGAAGAAAUCAUACUAUUGGCUGCAGUAUGUCUUUACUCAUGUACUGGAACAUGAGAGUUUGAGCUCGAAGUUUUACAUUUUAAACACACAAUGUUUUGAACAUUCAGUAUGGACUUAAAGGAAAUAUAAUUAAUACCAAAUUUAGAAAGUGAAUAAACAUUGGAGCUAUAAUGUUUAACAUUAUCACGAUAUUUUGGGCUAACUCCUAAUCAAGCCUAAACUGUUAAAUCAGCUUCCUCCUAGAAUUGACAUUCAUAAAUAUGUAGAUUUCUUAAACAAAAACGUGUCAUUUUAGCUUCCGAAGACUAGUGGGGAAUCACAAACUCGUCCAGUUUUUGACCUUGCUUGUACACUGAAUGAUGACCACAAUUCAAUCAAUAUUCAGGUAUAGUCUGCAAAUGUCACGUAAUUUACUAGCUUGUUAUCUUAAUUCUAUAUCCUUUAUCUUCCAUCCACAAAUUAUGGCAGAUGAAUUGAGCGUGUCCUCCAUGUUAGAUUUAGAGAUAAUAAAACAAUGGCAGGUAGGAAAAUGAAACGCGAAUACCUAAAGAAGUGCCUCGAGUGGGAUACUCAAAACCUUGUCUGCUAAAGGAACUUCGCCUUAAAACAAUAGCAAUAAUAUGAACCUGUCAGAACGUCGAUUCAUCACAUACCACGACUGAAUACAUAAACUCGAGUUUGUGACAACCGCCAGUAGAUUUUGCAUCCAAACUACACAUUUCUAUUCUAUUCAUUCAUUCUGAUAAUCCAUACAUAACCUGUGUUACAGAUCAUGAAAUCAUUCUCCUUAACAAUUGAGUGGUUUGUGAGUGAUUGAUCAAUGUGAAGGAUGAGAUCAAAGGUUGAACAGAUAGUGAAAGUGUGGAGAAUGGUAAAGGUAUUUGAUUUCAGUUCAGAUCUUCAUGGUGCUAAAUAAACCUGAUUAUCCCACAUGUUGUUCCCUGCUUUUUUUCUACUUCACUACAAUAUUAGACUUAUCAAUUAUGUUUUUUACCCGCUGGUUUACUGUUGUGGAUGCGGAGGAAUAGACCAAUAAUUAUCAUGUUAAGUCCAAUGGUGUCCUUGGACUUUAGAUGGACAUUUCCUAUUGGUCGAUAUCUGUUCACUUGUUGAAUAUUGUACAAAAUGUUGUUUUCUAUUUUUAUGGUACGAUGUGGUAUGCUUGAUUGGUAUAUAAACAAAGUAUGUUUGAAAUAUAAUGAUUCAUAUCUCCGAGGCUGUGACUUGUCUUCUGGACUCAACUAACUGGGCUAGACAGGGAAGUGGGACCAAUCGAGACUCUAGGCCGUCCGUACGUGUUUACGUGUCACUGUAAUCGAUCGAUAAGUACGCUGCUCUCUAAUUUUCCAGUCAAGGACACAACAAUUAGCACAGGGUAAAAAUCGACGGCAACCUAAAGCCAUAACAUUUACAGAAAAUAUAUUUCAAAUAUUUUGCACAUUUAUUCACUAAUAUUUUCAAGAAAAAUUGCAAACAUUGCAAAACACUUAAAAGAUAUCUGGAGGCCCUAUUGUUCCACGCACACAAUAACUCAUAAUACGCUUCAAUACGUUACUAACUGUAGAAUUUGUAUGAAU